AGAGAAUUUUCAAUGGCAAGCAGUUGGAAAUUUGAGGAGACCGCUCGCUACCAUGCCAUCUUCCAGAGAGGCUUCAUUGUGCAACCUACGCUCUGUAAAAAAACCCACAAUGAAAGCACCCUGGGUUCAGGAAUGAUGUUGGCCGUUCUAAAGUCUUGUCAGACGGGCUACUUGGAAGGAAAAGGUUAAGCCUGCUUCUUUUAUUAUUGAAGGCCUUGCUCGUUUUCACAAAUGAGGGCAACGAGAAAUGCCCUGUUCUGUUCUGGAUAUGGAAACUCUCCGCCCCCAGAGUGCCCCACUGAAAUGAAUCGAUUAUUAUUUUUAUUUGAGUCGUUAGAUUUACAGUAUAUAUAAUCGAGGAUGCGGCUCGGUUAGGCACUUUGAUUUCAGGGGGUCUGUGAGGAAAAUCCCAACACUUGCCAUAUACUCUAAAGAGCCUCGCACUUGUCUCGGUGACACAUCACCUGUUCCGAGUGCAAGAAAUUCCCAUGUCAAUUCCUGGCAACCCCCUCGGGUAGGACUGGGAAGGGCCCUUGUCUGAAUUGUUCUUAAUCAUGGUGACAAUACUGUGGUAGACAGACUCUGUUAAGGCUGCUUCCUAGGUUCCUAAUCAGCGUCAUAAGCAGUGUUUUUUUGUUUUUUGUUUGGCAUGCCUAGACAGGUACAGGAGGGUCCAAUGGCUGGGAACGUGCUGUUCCACUUGUACUUUGCUGCUGCGCAUGAUAGUCCUUGGUUCAGUAAUGAGAUGAAAAGACGCCAGAGCACGAGAAGUUUCACAAGUGGUGUAGUUGGGGUGCACUGUGAUUACGUUUCUCCUAAAUUGCUGAUUUGCAUUUAAUGUGAAGGAAUAUGCUCAUGAAGGAGUAUCGGAUCUGUAUGCCUUUGACAGUUGAAGAGUACAGAAUUGGACAGCUGUACAUGAUCAGUAAACACAGCCAUGAGCAAAGUGAUCGUGGAGAAGGGGUAGAAGUGGUGCAGAAUGAACCCUAUGAAGAUCCGAAUUAUGGGAAUGGUCAAUUGACCGAAAAACGGGUUUAUCUGAACAGCAAACUCCCAAGUUGGGCAAGAGCUGUUGUCCCCAAAAUAUUUUAUGUUACAGAGAAGGCAUGGAAUUACUACCCAUACACAAUUACAGAAUACACGUGUUCAUUUUUACCUAAAUUCUCCAUUCACAUAGAGACAAAAUAUGAGGACAACAAAGGAAGCAAUGAUAACAUAUUUGAUAAUGAAGCCAAAGAUCUUGAGAGAGAAGUCUGCUUUAUUGAUAUUGCCUGCGACGAAAUUCCUGAGCGCUAUUACAAAGAAUCAGAGGACCCUAAACACUUCAAAUCAGAGAAGACUGGGAGAGGCCUAUUAAAAGAAGGCUGGAGAGACACUCAAGAGCCCAUCAUGUGUUCCUACAAACUGGUGACUGUGAAAUUUGAAGUAUGGGGACUUCAGACUCGAGUGGAGCAGUUUGUUCACAAGGUGGUCAGAGAUAUAUUGCUGAUUGGCCACCGACAGGCUUUUACAUGGGUGGAUGAGUGGUAUGACAUGACUAUGGAUGAAGUUCGGGAAUUUGAACGAGCAACUCAGGAAGCCACCAACAAGAAAAUUGGGAUCUUCCCUCCUGCAAUAUCGAUCUCUAAUGUCUCCCUCCCUUCUUCAAUCCGCAGUGCUCCUUCUAGUGCUCCAUCUACACCUCUCUCCACAGAGGCGCCUGAAUUUCUAUCAGUUCCCAAAGACCGGCAACGGAAAAAAUCUGCCCCAGAAACUCUCACCCUCCCAGAUCCAGACAAAAAAGCUCUCUAAACCCAGCAUGUUUUCAUGACAAGCCAUGACUGAAAGAAUAGCAUUUGCAAAGCUCAUGGUAGAUGUUUUGUGUAAACAAAAUUUACUGAUCUGGAAGUAUGACCUUUCCCCCCUCCCCAUCAGGCUUGUCCCUUAAACUAGUUAGCUAAGUGCAUGCGAGAACAUAGUUCAUAUGCUCCGAUUCCUAGACUGCAGCUCUAAGCCAUAUGACAGAUGUUGCUAUCAACACAAAAUGAAACAAGUUUGCAAAAGCAAAAGUCAGUCUCUACAUAGCAACCGUAGUAAACAAAAGAUAUUCUCAUAUAUAGCAUAGCAGUAUUUAUGACUGGAGAUGUUAUAUGGAUUUAAUAAAGGUGGCAAGGACAUCUUGAGAGAAUGAGGGACUAUUGAGGGACAGUUUCAAAUGACAUUUCUCAUUUCAAGCCAUUAUAUCUCAAUUUAUAAAAUCCUUUUUACUCUCAGGCCAAGUGCACCUUAAAGUAAACCUUUGAACUGCUAUUCACUGAGAAACACUUGAAUACCAACAGUAAUUAUUCAGAUUCUUGUUUUACUGAAUAAAACUCAGGAUUUGGAGCACAGCUAAUGCACACUUUAAGCUCUUCAAAACUAAAGAACCAGUGAGCUCUGGUUGUAAUUCAUUAUACUUAUUUUUAGACCCUUGGAACUAUCUGUGUCUUGCACAAAAUUUGUGACUCCUUUAUAUGGUGUGCUGUUGUAUAGCUGAUCUGUGUUGGAAUUUGGAGUGUCGUUGCAGAGAGCAAGAUGGGAACACAAGCAAUUGAAUAGUUCAGUGAUUUAUUUCAAGCCCUCAGAAUUCAUAUGAAACCAGACAAAACACCCGAUGUAAAAUCCUUUUAAACAUGAAAGAUAACAGUCAGUUUUCUGCUACACUGUGAGCAGGUGUUAAGCUAUUCUAGGCUAUAAAGCUUCCCAUUCUGCCAAUGACCGACAAGAAUGGUCAGUAACUGAUGUGAUGGAUGCCAUUCUAAGGCGGGUUGCCGUCAACCCACUUUCUCCUCCUUAGCUGUGAGAAACAGAAGCCCUAUUCAGGUGUCUUGCCUGAACAGGAAAUGACCUGUGUUGGGGUGCAUGUGACUUGACAUACAGCCCAGUGUCCCAUCCCCACCCCACUUUUUCCCUGCCUUCCAGUUUUGAAGAGGGAAGGUCUCAAGGAGGAUCACUUGAGUACAAGUGGAAGCCAGUUAGAAACCCUGCUCCAUCAUACAAACAAAGGUAAAGGGGCCCCUGACCAUUAGGUCCAGUUGUGGUCGACUCUGGGGUUGCGGCGCUCAUCUCACUUUAUUGGCCGAGGGAGCCGG